CCUGUAAUAAAAUAUGUUUUUAUGACAGUAGCUGUGGUUGUUAGCCUACAGAAAUAUUUGCGUCCACGAAAUGAUCAUGUCAGCGUUGGUUUCAAGUAACAUACGUAAUGUGUUUGCUAGGAGGUUUCUUUUCUUUUUUCUUUUUUUCGUCCCACGCAAAUUAUUUAUUAAAAUUCGCUCUCUCGCUCUCUCUCUCUCUCUCUCUCGCUGUCAGUGUGCGUCAUCUGGAGUGGCGUCACGUGGGAGUACAAAGCCAGCGCUCGCGCUCUGCGCGUUACUAACGAUUCGCGCCUCGGUCUCGAGAGGAGAUACUUCACAAAGAACGAUGCUAUUUCUUAUUUACUACAACCAUACAACCAAAUAUGAGUGACUUUUACUUUUUGUCGACGCGAACUCGUCUAUUUAAUAGGAUUAUUCACACUCGCCUUGUGCUGUUUAUUAUGGAUUUUUAGACUAGAAAAACGCUCGACCGGUGGACAGAAAGAAAAUAAAGGGAACAGUGGAAGAAAGAGAAACUAACUUGUUCCGUUUUCGAGAUAUUCUCGUCCAAACCACAUCUUUUGCUCGUAAAUAGUGAAGUUUGUCUGGAGCACGUAUCCAGCUGCUGAGAUGAUGGAGAGGAUGAGCGCUCAGAGGGAAGUUUUCUCUCCAGACAUCCAAAUAAAGAGAGUCUCACCGACCCGAUUAUCAAACUACAGAAAAACAGCUCUCAAAGCAAAGUACUGGCGAAAGUGUCCUUCACUGUGAGGCGGAAAUAUGAUGCUGCGCGCGAGAUCUACUUGUGCGUAAUGGACACAUAACAUCAGGAGGAGCCUCUCAGCAGACAGGCUUGUAUUGCCGUAGCAAUGAUUGCAACAGGUGGGGUGAUCACAGGGCUCGCUGCAUUGAAAAGACAAGACUCUACCCGCUCUCAGUAUCAUCUGCCAACCCAGAGCCCCACCUCUGCACCUGAGAAGAAAUGCACUAAGCGUAAACCCAGAGCUGAUGUGGUGGUGGUGAGAGGAAAGGUCAGACUGUAUUCAGCCUCAGGAUUCUUCCUGGUUUUGGGAGUGCUGAUCCUCCUGGCAGGUAUUGCAAUGGCUGUUCUAGGAUACUGGCCUCAUAAGGACCACCAGAAGGCACCAGAAAGCAAGUUGUCUGUGAACAAUACACAGUUUGUCCGAGAGCAAGUGGGCUCCAUUGCGCAAUUCUUAGAGCAACACCUGCAUUCAGAGAAGAUGAAAAUGUUGGGUCCUUUCACAAUGGGAAUUGGGAUUUUUAUCUUUAUUUGUGCUAAUGCCAUCUUACACGAGAACAGGGAUCGUGAGACAAAGAUCAUCCACAUGAGGGACAUGUACUCGACUGUCAUAGACAUUCACAGCCUGCGGAUUAAGGAGCAGAAGUGUACAAACGGGGCCUACAUGGGUCCCUAUGCGGACACAGAGAUCCGUUCCUUCGGUCUGGACAGUCAGUUUGCCUCACGGCUCACAGCAAACACACUAAUGUCCUUCUCUGGUCUCGAUGGGGAUGUCCGAUUCUCCCACAGGACCAGCUCAGCUGAGGAUGAUGAGGGUCUAAUGAGUGAGGCCAGAGGCGGAUUAGGCCUGUUGUCGCCUACCUACAGAGACCGCUCUGAAUGUAUCUUUGGUUUCCAGGGUGAGGGUAUUCGUCGGUGGGAAGACAAACGUGGCGCACUAAAGAAAUGCCAAACACGCUCCAUCGUUUCCUCUUCCAUCAGCGCCUUCACACUGCCCGUCAUCAAACUCAACAACUGUGUCAUCGAUGAGCCUGACAUUGAUAGCAUCACGGAAGACUUAGAGCCGAACAGGGUCCACUCCAGACCUCCAUCAAUGGAAUCUUUAACAGUCCCUGUUCCCGACAUUGCCAAAGCUUUCAAGCCUCCGGGUGGCCACUUGCUCCGGAGCAACUCAGCCACUGAAACCCAGAGUCCUGCAUCAUCCCAUUCUUCAUUGUCUCCUAGAUCCACCAGUGGUAGGUUCCUGUCCCCGGGAGCGGCACGUAAAGACUUUGGCUCCAAUAACUCCCUCCACAUGUUUUCAGCCCAUUCUAAAUCUCUGGAUUUAGAGAGAGGGCCCACAAUGCUGACUGUCCAGCCUGAACAGAGGAAACACCCGAGCUGGCCCAGAUUGGACCGAAGUAAUAGUAAAGGAUACACCAAACUGGAGAACAAGGAGGACCCUAUGGACAGGCUAAUAGUUCCCCCGGUGGCCGUGAAGAAGGACUACACUAAAAAGGAGAAACUUCUUAUGAUCUCCAGGUCUCACAAUAACUUGAGCUUCGAGCAUGAUGAGUUUAUGAGCAGCAGUUUGAAGAGAGGCACCUCAGAGACUAGAUUUUAAAACUGAGCUAGGGCCUUAUAUAUAAAGCGUGUGUACGCUCAGAUUUGAUCUUAGAGUGUGCGCCCCCAAUCCACACCAACACUCAUAUUUGUCAAAACUGUCUUUGAUGUGGAAAAGUGCUUGGUAUCACUUCAGAGUCUGAGCAGACAUACAACUUUUUCGUUUUUACAGCAGGUUUUUGGAAAUGUAAACUAUUCUAAAUGAAAGAAUUUGGAUGAUGACUGCAAUCUUUUACGUGUUAAGGACAUUAAUUAGGAGUUGUUUACAAGGCAGAAAGCUGAAACCAUCCUGUUGAUAAUGUUCUAGAUCAUUUGCAAUUCAUAGAUUUCACAUCUGAAAGAGAGGCGUACGUGCGUUUUUUGUAUGUACGUUCAUUCUAUCAAUCACAUGUUCGCAUAUUUGAGAGAUGAUUAUAAGAUAAAAUAUAGGAUGAUUUCUGUGCAAAAUUUUAUAAAUCAGGCCCCUCAAAUGUCAACCCAGUGGCUUCUGACGUUCACGAUCUGCCUGCAAUACAGAAUACAGUUCUUGCUGUUUUUUUUUUAUUUUAAGGCCCUUGUAAGCUCAGAAUUAUGCUGAGCUUACAGAGCUCACAAAGCUGAGCUGCAGAAUUAUACGGCUGAAUUUAUAAAAAAAAAAAAAAAAACACGUAACUCUAAAAAAAAAUCUAACAAAUGGGUUGUCAGCUGUUUUUCGUAGUAUUAGUUGUACUUGAUAACAUACAAAAAGUUUACCAAAGUUUGACCAAUAGAAAGGUGUGAUUUUCAAGAUGGUGUCCAAGAUGGACAGGGAGCACUUAAAAUAUCCUAACUGCUUCUUUAUUUGACCUAGCCAAGUAAUCUUUUUGUCUAGCCCAAUGUUUUCUGGGACUAUAAUGAAUCCAUUGGAGAUGUCUAAAUUGAACUGACAGGAUUACAUACUUAUGAAAUACGUGAUUUUGUCAGAUUACUGUAAGGUUUUAUCAGUGUUUGGGGUGAACCAGAGUUGUAAAAAAUUUAGCCUAUUUCAUGUAACUGCUAUUCAGAUGAUCCACUGUUAUUGCACAACUGCCGAACACAACGGUGCAGUUGCAGGGCAUAUGAACUGCCAUGCAUGCCUGCUUGUGGACCAUGUCAAGUUGGGAAUUGUGAGAAUCAUCAUAAUCAACCUCUAUUCGAGGAAGAGUAUGAUGACUAAUGGGAAAUAUACAGGUGCUAGUCAUAUAAUCAAAAAGUUGAUUUAUUUAACUAAUUCCAUUUAAAAAUUGAAACUUGUAUAUUAUAUCAAUUCAUUACACACAGACUGAUACAUUUCAAAUGUUUAUUUCUUUUAA